ACUCUGAUUUUGAUAAACAAAAGAAUGAAAACAAACUCUCGGAAGUAAAACAAAUCUUUCAAUGAGAGCAUGAGAAUUAUUGAGAAGUGUUAAACCAACAAGCUUGUAGUUUCCCACAGACCUUUUCCGAUUUGAUUAACAGUUAAAGCCGAUUCCGCCCGAGCCACUCCCAAGUUCUAGUAGAAUGCUACGAAUCCUCAGUCCUAAGUUCAUGGGCGGAUGGUCGGGAUCACUGAGGGCCGCUCAGGCCACCCCCACUUCCACCCCUCUGACCUUGAUUCCCUCGUGCACCGCGAUACAGCGGCGAGCUUUCAACUUCAAGGAGAAAUCCAGCUCUGGCCAACGAAAGAUUCGCCAAGUUCGUCCCGUGGAUCAGACCAAACAGCACCGACUCCAAGCACCCGCUGCAUGGAAGCCCGUCCCACCCGUCCCCACCUCGCCCAUGGGUCAGACUCUCAAACCAGCGGUAGACCUUUUUGAGGCCCACGAGGCUGAGAUGGAGGCCCGGGUCCGAGCGGCCUCCGUCCAGGAUGGACCCAGUUUAAGUUUGCAGGAUCAGGAUCCUUACGUGGACGAACCCAUCCGAUGCAUUCUCUGCCCCAAACGAUACACGCUAGAUAUCUAUCCCAGCUACAAAAAUCCAAAGCUGUUAGCCCAAUUCGUCUCGCCGCAUACGGGCCGCACCUAUGAGGCACAUAUCACGGGCUUAUGCGCAGACAUGCAGGAUAAGGUCGAACGAGAAGUCAAAAAAGCUCAGAAACUGCGAUUACUGGCUACUGAGAUGAAAGAGGUCCACUAUUUGAAAGAUCCUUCGCUCUUCAAUCCGGUCCGGCCGUUGAAGAAGAACCCUUAUUAGAUCGUGGCUGAUCCGUAGGUGGAAAUGGCACCUCCACCGUUGUUGCCAAAGUUUCCACCUCCGUUAUUGCCGAAGCCACCUCCGUUGUUAUUGUUGUUGCCAUUGAUGGAUCCGCCACCGAAACCGCCGCCACCUCCUCCGUUAUUGUUAACAUUGCCACUGAGCGAUCCACCACUGAAACCAUUGUUUCCACCGGAGCCCUGUGCGUUAUUGCCUGCAAUUUCAAUGGGGAGGUGAGUUUGGGGAGGAUUGAUCAAUGUUCCCGAGCGAAGAAACGGCUUUACUAACCUGAUCCGAUGGAAACCCGUUCAUGCAUUCAUGUAUUGUGGCUUAAGUCACGGCACCAUCGAAUACACGGAGAUAUAGAUAUAUGUACACACA